AGGGGCCCCGGGGAGUCGGGUGUUGGCACAGAGGAACCUGGCGGCUGUGGCGGUCGGGGCCUGGGUCGAGAGCGGCACAGAACUGUGGACACACCCAACUGAGCAGGCGUGUGUGACCGAGCGGCUGCAGGAGGAGCGGAGGAGGACGAGGGAACAGAAGCUGUGUGUGUUUCAGGAGAACGUGCGCCUCCGUGUGGCCGAACACGAGAAGCUCAGGAGGCGGAGUCAGGUGCGGUCAGCUUCAAGAGCAGGCGGCGCCGCACAGAGGACGACUCAGGAAAGUCCAGAGGGGCCCGUGUGUGAGAGGCCCGUGUGUGAGGGGCCCGUGUGUGAGGGGCCUGUGUGUGAGGGGCCCGUGUGUGAGGGGCCCCUGCUCUGGCCCCUGGAUCACACUGAGGAGCUGCGGAAACAGAGACAGGAGCACUUCCUGAUGCAGAGGAGAAUGUUCCUGAGCAAAGAUCGACAAAACGUCAAAGAAAACCGAGAGCAUCAACAACACCUGCACAAGACGGCAGGUCUGAAGCAGCAGAAGGAGCGCUGGCGUCUGGAGGAGGAGCGGCGUCUGGAGGAGGAUCUGCUCAGGUCCAAGGCCCUGGAGAGUCUGGAGCAGAGGGAACACCAGGUCCUACACACCCUGAGCCAGGAGGGGGCAGCGCAGGACGGAGGGCGGAGGAGACACGCGCACCUGCCCAAGAGCACCAGGUCACACUCCGAAACAUCACACCUGCCCAAGAGCACCAGGCAGAUGAUGGUUCUUCGUUCUCAGGUGGAGUCUCUGUUCCCUCGGUCGGGGCCAGACCCUCCCCCCCUCUGCUCCUGCGCCUCCUUCUGGGAGAGUCACCCCGACACCUGCGCCAACAACUGUGUGUUCCACAACAACCCGGAAGCUUUGGUCCAGGCCUUAAGGACGGUCCUCCACUGCUGGGACCUCCUCUGACCUCUGACCUCCAGGCCUCAGUGGGACCUGUUUGUGGACCUUGUGUGAUUCUUCUGGACUUGAAGAGUUUUUUUUGUGCAGUGAUUUAUUUUCGUCAGAUUUAUGGAUCUUUAAACGGACGGAUUUGUCAGACACGUUUUU